CUAACUUCAACUAAAAUGGAUAUCUGCCGUCUCUGGAUACUCGUGUCGCUGUCCCUGCAGUUGCAUCUGCUGCCAGGCCUACUGGUUGAUGCCUUUAACUUUUCGCCGCGUGCAAACCUAGUGUUAGGCGCCCCCCAACAUUUGCGUUUUCACUUGAACCAAACGCGCAGCUCCUACUUUGGAUACACCCUGGUGAUACGUCCAACCAGUGUCAUUGUAGGAGCCCCGCGCGCCCAGUCGUCCCUGGAGUCACAGCGCCAGAUCAAUGAGACCGGCGCCAUUUACAGGUGCUCCUUGAGUACCGGCUCCUGCAACCCAUAUGUCCUCGAUCCCAAUGGAAACCGAGACGCUCCGUUCAGCGAGUACACCUACGACUCGGAGCGAAAGGACUUCCAGUGGCUGGGUGGCUCGAUGGACGGCGGCACUAGCGACGCGGACAAGCUUCUGGUUUGCGCCCCGCGAUUUUAUGCUCCCAGCACAAAGGAUUACCAUAUGCAUGGAGUUUGCUACUGGGUGAAAAACACCCUGGCUGGCAGUCCGGAGCACGUCAAUCGGAUUUCCCCGUUGCGGCUAAAGACGGAUCAGGUGGUGCAGGAGAACAACGAAAUCAACUUCUACUACAUACUCGGCGAGCUGGGACUGAGUGCUCAUGUUUCGGACGACAACAGCAAAUUUCUAAUUGGUGCCCCGGGCAUAUAUACCUGGAAGGGAUCGGUGAUACUCUAUGGGCGAGUGGACCCUGCAGAAAACCCAAGCGUCAGCCGGCGCGACACGAGCAGCGCUUUGCGCCGAAAGACUCGGGAAAGCGACUCCAAUGACUACACACCCGACAACUUUGUCCCGGAAAUUCCCAAGCCACAGAACUGGGGUCAACAGGAUGACUCCUACUUUGGCUAUUCUGUGGCCUCUGGUUACUUUGACAGCACGAACCUAACCACUCUGCUGUACGUGGCCACCGCUCCGCAGGCCAACAGACAAUCCGGCGAGGCAUAUAUAUUCGAUGUUCUGGGCAAGACCAUAAAGAAAUUCCACGUGUUCCGUGGAGAGCAGUUUGGGGAGUACUUCGGCUAUUCGGUCCUCGCCGAGGAUCUCAACGGCGAUGGAAGGACGGAUGUGGUGAUUUCAGCCCCCCAACACUCCCAGGAAGACUCGCACGACAACGGUGCCAUCUAUGUUUUUAUCAACAAGGGCUUUUUCAAUUUUGAGUCGAAACUGCUGCGAUCGCCCAUUGCCAGCAAGGCACGCUUCGGGACUACGCUGACCCGCCUGGGAGACAUUAAUCACGAUGGCUACAAUGAUAUCGCUGUCGGGGCGCCGUUUGCGGGAAAUGGAUCGGUUUUCAUCUACCUGGGUAGCGAGCACGGUCUGCGGAGCCAGCCCAGUCAGCGGCUGGAUGCGCCUUCGGGCAAACCUUCAAAGUAUGGAGAACAUAUGUUUGGCCACGGCCUCUCCCGUGGGUCCGACAUCGACGGCAAUGGAUUUAAUGACUUUGCAAUCGGAGCUCCAAAUGCUGAGGCCGUGUAUUUGUAUCGUGCCUAUCCCGUUGUCAGGUUAAAAGCUACUGUAAAAUCACAGUCGCGUGAAAUCAAGCCGGAGCAGGACAAGGUGGCAAUCACAGCCUGCUACGGAAUAACCACAACGGCCACAGCGCCGGCAGUCCAGAAGCAGGAGAUGACCAUACGCAUCGUCAUCGAUUCACAGUUGAAACGGGCCAAGUUUACUCAGACUCAAAGCCAUGAAAUGAGCUUCACAGUCGACGCAGGACUGACUGAGCAGUGCAGAGUCUUUGAGUGCGUUGUGCGCUACAGCGAGAAGGACAUAUUCACACCCAUCGAACUGGAGAUGCAAUACGAACUAACAAAGAAAGUCCCUGAUUCUGAGGAUUUCUGCGAGACCUGUGUCGCUGUUGAUCCCGCAGAGCCGAAGGUCUACACUGAGAAGAUCAUAUUCAGCACGGGUUGCGCAACUGAUAUUUGUAUUGCAGACUUACAACUGAAAAGCAAGGAUGUGAGCCCUACCUACACCUUGGGGAGUGGCAAUACUCUCCGCUUGAACUACGAGAUCACCAACAACGGAGAGACCGCCUAUCUGCCACAAUUCAAUGUGACGAGCGUGCCCCACUUGAGCUUUGCUCAGAUACCGGGCAAUUGCCGGGUUAGCGACACUGGAAUGGUCUGCGAUCUGAACCGGGGGCGACCGCUGGCCAAGGGAGAUAGGGAUGGCAUUACUAUUAGCUUCGAUGUAAGCUCUCUGAGUGGGUUAGCACUUAUAAUAAACGCCGAGGUGUUCAGUACGGGAUAUGAAAAGAAUCCCAUGGACAACAGGCAGACCAAUGUGAUCAGCCUGAGGGAGUACACCGAGAUAGACGCCACUGGGGGCCAAAUAAAUGGCCAAAUUGACUUGGAACACUACAAAAACUCCGCGGAAAUAAUCAACAAUUACGAGAUUAAGAGCAAUGGCCCCAGUAUUAUCGACGACUUGACAUUGUCCUUUCAUAUACCUAUAGCGUAUAAAAUUGCUGGAUCAACUGCCAUCAUACCCAUCAUCAACAUGACCACAUUGAAGAUGCAGGCUACCUACGAUGCUCAGCUGCUGGGUAUAGAGCUGUUCGAUCAGAACAACACCAUGCUCAUCCUAGAUCCAAUAGAAAUUUCCUCCACGCGCGGCAUCCAGAGUACGGAGCGAACGGUGAUUAGACAGAAUGGACAGGGAUACGAUAUUACCACUAGUGGUCAUAUACACCAGUCUUGGCAAGAGCUGGACUCUGAUAUGGUGGCUACCGCUUCCAUGACGCGCAAGCGGCGUGAUCUCAAAGCGGUGACUGCCAACCGCGAGCAGUACGCUCGCAUCUCAAACGCCAAAGCGCACGACCUGCUCAGCGAGGACUUUAAGGGCAAGUUGCCGGUGAAUCGCACAAUUGUAUUUAACUGCAGGGAUCCAGACAUGACGAUCUGCAUCCGAGCCGAGAUGCGUGUCUACAACUUUAGAGCGGAUAAGCCUGUCAACCUGAAUGUUCGUUACUCUGUUGACCUCAAUGAAGUCAAUGCCAUUUUAUUGGAUCCAUGGGAGUACUUUGUCAUCCUGACCGAUCUGGACUUGUUGAAGAAGGGAGACCUGUCCGGCAGCUCGUAUUCCAUCAAUCGGAAGAUUGAGCCAAAUGUGAUAUCCAAACAUCUGCAGUCACGCCUGCCCAUCUGGAUCAUAAUUGUAUCCAUUAUCGGUGGCUUGCUUUUGCUCUCAGCGAUAAGCUAUGCCCUCUAUAAGUUCGGGUUCUUCAAUCGAGCCAAAAAGGAAGAACUGAAUAGACUGGUGAAGCAGAGCCCCGACGAACCCGAGGCUGAGAACCUAAAUUGCGACGGUAAUAACUAACUUUAUUCAAGAGUU